UUGCUUUUAGGAGCCAAUUCUCAAAGUAGUGGCCGUAAACGAAGGCGCGGUGAUGACGAAGAUGGCGACUAUGUGAACUAUCGACCUGACGAAUUGGCUUUCAAUAAGAGCGAAUAUUUCAAGCUCUGGUUCUAUACACUGAGUUUUUCUGGAGAACUUGGGAAUGUGGUCGCUGUGUUGAAUUCAGUGCGGUUGUUUCAGGUUGAAAAAGUGCUUGCCUCAUGGGGAUGGGGGCGAUGGGCCGAAAUGAAGAAAAGCGGAGAGUUAGAGGUCUCUGAAAUGGAUAUCGCUCAUAUGGCAAGAACGUUGCUGCUCCAUUGUGUAAGGGAAUACCGCGGAGAUGAGAAGAUUAGGCAAACCGUGUGGCAGAUGAUAGCGCCUCAAGGAGCGAAGAAUGCUAAAGAGCCCAAAGGAUCGCAGUCCAUCUAUCACCAGGGAUGGGCAGCACUACCUGAGUUCAAUCCACCUAACUUCGCGCUGGAUGCGUCAUUCCAGCGUCAUGUUCAUCGACAUGCCAACAAACUGCUUGUGAAAAUCGAUCAACUGAGACAUCUACAGAAGACGAUCAUUGGUGCUAAAGCUACAGAAAUCGAAGCAGGAGCAAACUGGUCAUCAAUUGACAUAACUGUACCAACCCUAGUGGAGCCAAUGUGUGACGGCUGGGAUGCUGAAUGUGACAAGUGCCUUCUUAUUGGGAUUUAUAAACAUGGUAUGGGUACAUUUUGUUUGUCAAUCUGUAGCAACCAAUGGAUCUCAACCUAA